CAACAACAACAACAAGAGAUCAUUGCGACGCAGAGAGAAGCUUCAUUACACUAUUUUAAACCACGGGUUUAUUUACAUAAACCAGGGCUGGUUUAAGGUUAAACCGGCUGUUUUAAGUUAAAGUGGAUGUUAUAAACCGGCACUGGAGUAUUAUAUGAGCUGAUGCAGUUGAAAAAUAAUAUGGCGACGAGGGAGAAGGUUCACAGUCUGAGGUUCAACCAGGAUCAAGAUUGUUUUAUAUGCUGUAUGGACUCGGGUGUUCGAAUAUACAAUGUGGAACCUCUCGCCGAGAAGGCGCAUUUACGUGAGAGUCUGUUUGGCAGCGUUGGACAUGGAGAGAUGCUACACCGAACCAAUUUGCUGGCGCUGGUGGGCGGAGGGGCAGUGCCAAAGUACGCUGACAACACUGUUCUGAUUUAUGAUGAUUGCACGUCAAAGCUGGUCCUUGAGUUUACAUUCUCGACCCCAGUAUUAGCUGUCCGAUUCAGGAAAGACAGAUUAGUGGUCGUUUGCCGGCAGCAGAUACACGUCUUCUCGUUCCCACACUCGCCUCGGCGACUGUUUACCUGUGAGACACGGGAUAAUCCCUUGGGAUUGUGUGAGGUGUCCCCACUCCCUUCCGCUGACAGACAUAUACUCUGCUUUCCCGCCCACAAGCUUGGUGCUGCGCAACUUGUGGAUCUUCUAACAACAGAAUCAACGGUCUCACAAGCACCACUUACUGUACAAGCGCAUCAGAGUGAACUAGCUUGCCUUAGUGUCAACAGCGAAGGCACGCUAUUGGCCACAGCAUCACACAAAGGUACACUUAUUCGAGUGUGGGACACUGCUCGGAGGGUGCUGCUAGCCGAGCUUAGGAGAGGCUCCGACCCAGCUACAGUAUACUGCAUCAACUUCAGUGGUGACAGCGAAUUCUUGUGUUGCUCCAGUGACAAGGGAACCAUCCAUAUCUUCGCCCUCAAGGACACGCGGUUGAAUCGACGCUCAACAUUUUCCCGUAUGGGCUUCCUGGGAGGGUACAUGGAGUCACAGUGGGCACUGGCCAACUUUACAGUGCCACCGGAGUGUGCCUGUGUCUGCGCCUUUGGUGCCAACUCUACUGUCUAUGCUAUCUGCGUGGACGGCACAUUCCACAAGUACGUCUUCAAGGCCGAUGGCUGCUGCAACCGUGAGUCCUUUGACGUGUACCUGGACCUGGUCACCGAUGAGGAGUUCUGAGUGCUGAGAUACCUUGAGUUGCACAGCAGAUACCAGCACUUUGCAGGGUUAUUAGAGAUAUACCAUGACACAGAUAUACACAGAUAUACCAAGACUUACAAUACACAGCAAAUAUACCAAGACUUACUAUACACUGCAGAUACACAAAGACUUACUAUACACAGCAGAUAUACCAAGACUUACUAUACACAACAGAUAUACCAAGACUUACUAUACACAACAGAUAUACCAAGAUUUACUAUACACAACAGAUAUACCAAGAUUUACUAAACACAACAGAUAUACCAAGACUUACUAUACACAGCAGAUAUACCAAGACUUACUAUACACAGCAGAUAUACCAAGACUUACUAUACACAACAGAUAUACCAAGACUUACUAUACACAACAGAUAUACCAAGACUUACUAUACACAGCAGAUAUAAACAUUUUUGUGCAGAAUUCAGCAUUAUUUACAGUUUAUUAUUUAGCAUCUUAUCACAAGUAUAUAUCGCCAUACAAAUUGGUGCAUGACCCCCAAGGUUUGGUGCUUUCCCGUAAAUGUGUGUUAUACACACAUCAUUCUUCGCCAAGAAACACUAAAGCCGUAGGGGUCGUCUAGCAUGGCGUUAAUGGGAGGUAUUCUGGUUUGAUCUGAGGAAUGGGAAGGUGAUCAUUAACUAGACUGUUGUACGCUUUUUUUUUCAUCCAUAUUUGAGAUAAUCACAUCUGAUCCAAGGAAGAGGAGGCAAGAUCAGAGUCCUUGGAACCAGAGCUCUCUCACUGACAUCAAGAUGUCUCACUUGCAGGAAGCAUCAAGUUUAAAUUAAUGUCUCUCAGACUUAAAACUUAAAGGUAAUUAAUGUCACUGACUUAAAACUCUUAAAUUUAAGGGCAAUUAAUGUCAUUGGCAUUAUUAUUGAUGUUAUCAUCAUUGUUAAUAUUGUUAAUAGUAAUAAUAUUUUAUUUCAGUUUUUGCAUUAAUCAUCCUUGAAAUUAAGGGUAAUUAAUAUGUCUCUGCCUUAAAACUCUUAAAAUUGAAAGUUCAACAUAACUUUUUUUUUCAGUGAAUAUAAAUUUUUUUCUCUUUUUGGCCAUAAAAAGUAUUGAUCAAUAUACUGUGAAGUUUUAUUGCUAACUUUCAUAAUACAACAUAAACAACACUUACAAUGUCUGUACAGUGGAACCCGGGUUUUCGUACGCCCUAGUUUGUAUGUAAAACUACAGUGGACCCCCGGUUAACGAUAUUUUUUCACUCCAGAAGUAUGUUCAGGUGCCAGUACUGACCGAAUUUGUUCCCAUAAGAAAUAUUGUGAAGUAGAUUAGUCCAUUUCAGACCCCCAAACAUACACGUACAAACGCACUUACAUAAAUACACUUACAUAAUUGGUCGCAUUCGGAGGUAAUCGUUAUGCGGGGGUCCACUGUAUAGUUAUUCUCUAUAAAAUGUAUUUUUUUUUUUAAUAUUUUUGGGUGUCUGGAAUGGAUUAAUUGGAUUUACGUUAUUUCUUAUGGGAAAUAUUAACAAAAAAUACAUUUUAUAGAGAAUAACUAUAGUUUUGCAUACAAACUAGGGUGUACGAAAACCCAGGUUCCACUGUACAGACGUUGUAAGUGUUGUUUAGAGCAGAGGUCGGGGAACGGGGAUAAAUUACCUCAAAUGGGGUAAAAAUGAAAAUCUGUGGGGUAACAAAGCUCAAUAAACAUAAUUAAAACUGCACAAAAAAUUAUUAUUUAACCCCUUCAGGGUCCAAGGCCCAAAUCUGAAGUGGUGCCCCAGUGUCCAAGAAUUUUCAAAAAAAAAAAAUUUGUUAUUUUUUCUUAUGAAAUGGUAGAGAAUUUUUUUGUGAAGGUAAUAAAACAAAAAGUACGAAAUUUGAUGGAAAAUUGAUGAAAUUAUGCUCUCGCGAAUUUUGAUGUGUCAGCGAUAUUUACGAAUCGGCGAUUUUGCCGACUUUGACUCCCAUUUUAGGCCAAUUACAUUAUUCCAGUCAACCAAAUUCUUAGCUAUUUCACUAGUAUUACUUCUAUUCUAUCGAUUGAGCACAAGAAAUCGCCAAGUCAACUGUUUCAACUACAAAUUAAAGUGAUCGGAAAUUGUUAAUUUGGCCAAUUUAACACAAAGUUCAAAAUACAUGUAUUCCAAUUUCAAAAUAGGGUCCAGAAUAAACAAUGUAGGUAUUCCUGGAACUAAACUAACAUUUCCUCUGUUCAUUAGUUAUGUUUUGAGGCUUUACAAAUAAAUUCCAUUUUGAUUUUUUAUUCACAUAAUGAAUUUUUAUUCACACCAAAAAAUAGAAGAUUUACUGUUAUGCAAUACUGUAAUAAUUGUAUAGAUAUCAUCACCAUAUUUGUGAAUGCAUAUUAGACCCACCAGCUGGCGUGUAUUAGACGUGUGAGGUCGUUUGUUUACUCUUGAAUAUCGGCAAAAAUUUAACAUUUCUGCUACUUUGAGCUCAGUUUCAAGCCAUUUCCAGUGCUAAAACCAAUCAAAAUCAUCUCUAUUCCUGUAAUAUGUCUUCCAUUCUAUCAAAUGAGACCAAGAAAUCGCGAAUAGAACUAUAAAAAACAUAGGAAAAACACUGCAAAGUCGCUCUUUUAAUCGAAAAAUCAUGAUUUCAGUUUUUUCUCUCAUUAUACACAGCGUGCUGCAGGAUCUGUUUUAUGUGGUGCACACAUACCACAUAGAUGUAUUCUCUCAUAUCUAGGCCCAAAUGUACCACUCACAGUUUAUCAGAGUGAGCUGAGCUCAUGAUGUAGAUCUACGGUUUGGACCUUGAACGUAAAGCCGUAGAUCUACGGGACGGACCCUCAAAGGGUUAAUAAGCAAGGCAAAUUAUGGUGCUUUAAGGCAAGUGGCAGCUGGGCCACAGGAGCUGCAGUCCCCCACAGAUGCUCACUGCCAGACGUUUGACUUCAACCUUAUGCUAAAAUAAUUUGCAACUGACAGGCCGGACUCGAGUCCUGGAGAUGGGAAGUACAGUGCCUGCACUCUGAAGGACGGGUGUUAAUGUUGCAGUUUAAAAACUGUAGUGUAAAGCACCCUUCUGGCAAGACAGUGAUGGAGUGAAUGAUGGUGAAAGUUUUUCUUUUUCGGGCCACCCUGCCUUGGUGGGAAUCGGCCAGUGUGAUAAUAAAAAAAAAUAAAAAAUAUUACAGAAAAUAUCUGUUGUAUAUUGUUUUCAAUGUAUUUAUAAGCAAAUUUUUAAUUUUUCUGUUGAAAUGAGAUAAUAAUUAAAAAUAGAAUAAGUUUGUUGCUAUACAAUAGUAUAGGUAUUAUUGGUACUACGAAACACCACUGUUUAUGGUAUACUAUACACACUCUUCAGCUUGUAUGGCUGUAUUCUCCAUACAGAUAGAUUCCAUAAACUAUUCCCACAAGCAGUGGUAUUCAUUGCGCGGCUCGCAAGCCGCCAAUAACAAGAUAUGCAGGCUAAUAUUACCAUAUCUAAUUUUUCUCAUUUACUAUAUUGCACUAGCAGCUCAGUACUACUUAAUUUAGUUGAGUUACGCUAACUUGCAGUAGCUGCGGCUCUCUCAAUCAAUGUGUUUAACCGAAGUGGCUCUCUUGCAAAAAUUAGUGAAUAACAUGGCCCACAAGGAAGGUUCCUUGACGCUGGUGAGGGGCUCUUGCUCUAGGGAAUUGGAUCUGUGCUCCAGUUCCCUGAAUUAAGCCUUAAUACCUUCCAUUCUUCCCCCCCAGGUGCUGUAUAAUCCUAUGGGUUAAGCACUCCCCUUUCAUUAUAUUAUUAUAAUCAAGGGGUAGCACUAAUCCCGUAGGAUUAUACAGCACCUGUGGGGGGAUGGAAGGUCUCCAGGCUUAAUUCAGGGAACUGGAGCACAGAUCCAGUUCCCUAGAUCAAGAGCCCCUCACCAGCAUCAGGGAACCUUCCUUAAGUAAUUGGCAAAGGUGAAGUAUUUGAAGAUCAGAGACCAGCGAGUGUCAGGAGCAUCAGAGGCAGAGUCAGUAAGGCUGAUGGGAAGACCAGCGAGUGUCAGGAGCAUCAGAGGCAGAGUCAUAAGGCUGAUGGGAAGACCAGCGAGUGUCAGGAGCAUCAGAGGCAGAGUCAGUAAGGCUGAUGGGAAGACCAGCGAGUGUCAGGAGCAUCAGAGGCAGAGUCAGUAAGGCUGAUGGGAAGACCAGCGAGUGUCAGGAGCAUCAGAGGCAGUCAGUAAGGCUGAUGGGAAGACCAGCAAGUGUCAGGAGCAUCAGAGGCAGUCAGUAAGGCUGAUGGGAAGACCAGCGAGUAUCAGGAGCAUCAGAGGCAGUCAGUAAGGCUGAUGGGAAGACCAGCAAGUGUCAGGAGCAUCAGAGGCAGUCAGUAAGGCUGAUGGGAAGACCAGCGAGUAUCAGGAGUGUCAGAGGGAGGCAGAGUCAGUAAGGCUGAUGGGAAGACCAGCGAGUAUCAGGAGCAUCAGAGGCAGAGUCAGUAAGGCUGAUGGGAAGACCAGCGAGUGUCAGGAGCAUCAGAGGCAGAGUCAGUAAGGCUGAUGGGAAGACCAGCGAGUAUCAGGAGCAUCAGAGGCAGAGUCAGUAAGGCUGAUGGGAAGACCAGCGAGUGUCAGGAGCAUCAGAGGCAGUCAGUAAGGCUGAUGGGAAGACCAGCGAGUGUCAGGAGCAUCAGAGGCAGAGUCAGUAAGGCUGAUGGGAAGACCAGCGAGUGUCAGGAG